AUGACCGGAAAACACAAAGAGCUUGUUAUGUAUUUCAGGACAGAUUUCGAGAUAAAUGACGAGAAAGUACACAGAAGAUCGCGUAAACACCAUAAAUCCUCGUUCAGAGACCGAGACUCUAUGUACUCGAGUGAAUCAUCGGACUCAUCUUCAAGCUCGUCCGACUUCGAGACGAACCCAGGGAACCCUUACACAAUACACGACGACAAAUACGAGCAGAACUGGAUGUGGAAACAUGACAUGGAUGGCGAACAUAUGAACGUAAACCCAUACGCUCCCAAACUUCACGAUAUGAAUCCUUCGGGAGCAGAUCUAUUUUUUGGAAGAAAGUGGUGGUAUUUCAAUCAGGAUGAUUACAUACCGAUGUGAAUCCAAUAA